AUGCCUUUUCUACCAUGCUUAAAAAAAAAGAAGUCACCUGUGCCUUUACCCAGGAGUAUCUUUCAAAAACACACCGCACCCAUCCAGCAGAACUACCAGGCCUUGCUGGAGACGUGCUUGAAGAACAAAUGUCUGUUCACAGAUGACAGCUUCCCUGCUCACAUCAGCUCUAUUGGAACAGGAGCACUGCUGAAGAAACUACCCCAGAAUUUACAGUGGAAGAGGCCACAUGCUUUGCACAGAAGUCCAGUAUUUUAUACUGCAAACAGAAAGCAGCUUGAUCUCUGCCAAGGACUGGUAGAGAACUGCUGGUUCCUGGCGGCCCUGGAAGCCCUGACGUUCCACCAGGAUAUUUUGUCUGCGGUCGUGCCACAAAACCAGAGCUUUGAGAGGAAAUAUGCUGGCAUUUUCCACUUCCGGUUCUGGCACUUCGGUGAAUGGGUUGACGUGGUGGUUGAUGAUCGCUUGCCGGUGAAUGAGGCGGGGCAGCUGGUCUUUGUUUCCUCAGUCUAUAAGAAUGUAUUCUGGGGAGCCCUUCUGGAGAAGGCAUAUGCUAAACUCUACGGCUCCUAUGAAGAUCUGCAGAUUGGGCAAGUUUCAGAAGCCUUGGUGGAUUUUACAGGUGGUGUUAAUAUAAGGAUCGAUCUUGCAGCAGCUCCUCCUGAUCUGUGGGAUAUCCUGACAAGAGCAACCUACAGUAGAUCUCUAAUGGGCUGUCAGACACAUUUAGGGGCAACAAAGGUCCUGAAGAAUGGGCUCGUUGCUGGCCAUGCUUACACAGUAACUGGUAUUAGAAAGGUGACCAGUCAAUAUGGACCAGAAAACCUGGUGAGACUGAGAAAUCCAUGGGGAAAAAUUGAAUGGAAAGGAGACUGGAGUGACAGCUCUUACAAAUGGGAGCUGCUAAGCCCGAAGGAGAAGAUUUUGCUGAGGAAAAAGAAGGAGGAUGGAGAAUUCUGGAUGUCUCUGCGAGAUUUUAAGAUUCAUUUUGUAGAUCUGAUGAUCUGUAAAUUAACUCCAGACCUGAUGAGCCAGGAAGAUGGGAAGAAGUGGAUGUACUCCCUGAAGAGUGGGAGAUGGGUUAAAGGAAGUACAUCAGGAGGAAGUCUGGGAUUCUGUAAUGGUGCCUUUUGGAUGAACCCUCAGUACUGGCUGAAUGUUUUACCAGUUGAAGACAGUAAGAAAAGCCUGGGUUCCUGCAAUGUGGUUAUAUCCCUGAUGCAGAAACACAGCAGCAAACACCGGAACCGAACUCCUCACCUCUUCAUUGGAUUUUCACUCUACAAGUACCAGAAAAGCAACAGAAAGCUGCCCCCAGCUUUCUUCACCCGACAUCAGCCUGUGAACAAGCACCAGCUUUUCCUUGAUGAGCGGGAAGUGACUCAUGACUUCCACCUGGAGCCUGGUGUCUAUGUGAUUGUCCCAUCCACCCUGGAGCCUCAGCAGGAGUCAGAAUUCAUCUUGCGGGUCUUUUCCAGGAAGCAUGUUCUUCGGGAAAUGGGCGGGAACACCAGUUUCACCCUCUCUAAGGAAAUUGUUGAUAGGUAUGAAGGCAAGAUUUGGGAGGAUUUCUUCACAAAGCAUUUUGAACAGAAUCCUGAAAUAAAUGCUGUUCAGCUCCAGAGGAUCCUGAAUAAUAUAUCUUGGAGAAAUUUCCAGAGUUUUCGCCUGAGUUUCAGUCUGGAUGCCUGCCAGGGUAUCUUGGCGCUCCUGGAUCUGAACGCCUCUGGCACACUGAGUAUCCAGGAAUUCAGAGUCCUGUGGAAAAGGCUGCUUUUCUAUUUGGAAGUUUUCCAGAAGAGAGACAUUAGCAGAUCAGGAAAGCUUGACCUUGUGGAGCUGCAUACAGCUGUACAGGAGACAGGCAUUUCGCUCAGCAAUGAAGUCUGUAAUUUGAUGGCAAUCAGAUACGGUGACCCUGACUUAAAGAUCAGCUUCGAGAGCUUUGUGUGCUUCAUGCUUCGAGUGGAGAUCAUGGGAGAGGCCUUCCGCAACUUAACACAAGAUGGCAAAGGGAUAUAUCUCCGGGAAUCUGAGUGGAUGAUGAUGACACUGUACUCCUGA